GAAGAAUUAGAGGAGGAAAAUUGGAAUAUAUUUUUAAACCGGAUGGCGCUUUCGUUUCUAUCGCAAAGUUCCGGUCUGUUGGAUUUACACAGCAUAUUUGAUCCACAAUAUUCAAUACUACAACAACAACAACAACAACCGCAUCAGCAGCAGCAGCAGCAACAAUUGCAAAUUCAUUUAUCAUCAGACCAACAAGAACAACUACAACAACAACAACAACGCACUUCAACGAAAUUUGAUCUAAGCAUCUUCAACGAUUUCGACCAAAUGGAAUUCAACAACAACAACUUGAAUCGAAAUCAUCAUAAUCAGUAUCCGAAUAAUAAUAACAAUAACAUCAAUAAUACCAACCACAAUACCAAUAACAACAACAACAACAACAACAUUCAUACGCACCAAACUAACGGAGAAAAUCUUAAUCAGAUCCAAAAUAGUCAUUUCAUUAGCGGCUAUCAUCAUCAGCAUAUUGGAUCGGAUUAUGAGCCAGUGAUUAACUUUGUUGAUUCACCGCCAAACUCUGAGGAAUCUUGGACAGACGGACAGUCCAAGGAUUCACCAGGACCGCAAAUUAUCGACGUGAGAACAAUUUACUCAGACAGUGGUUCGCGCAAAAGACGAAUGGAUUGGUACUCAUUGGACAUCGGUCAAAGUGAAAAUUCACCGACAACUCAAUCUGGCGAAAUACCCAAUAAGGUGGCACAUCACGAGAAAGAUAAACAUAAACGUGAAAAGCAUUCAGGUCGCAGCAGCUGGAGCGACGAUAUAGGUUUUGAUCUGAACGCUGAGUUUAACAGUAACUCGUAUUUGAACAAUGAAAACUUUUUAUCGUUCUCCCCGAGCCUGACGGCACUUAAACAGGAGCCGCAAACGGAGCAGCUCAAACCGAACGCAAAGAUAGCAUUGGAUAGCGGCAGCGCCGGCUCGUCAAUUGGCAAAAGUGACAAAUCGCCAUUGGGCGAGGCGAAUCACUCACCACAGCGCACGGGUCAGGAGAUUGCAGCAGCAGCGGCAUCAGGAAUUGUAGGCGGGGCACUUGCCGAAGCUGGUGGAAAGCAUGAGUUGAACUCCGUCAACAUUUGUGGCUGUGGCUCGCCGCAAGGCUCGCCCGCCGCAGCGGAUUUUGAAUUGAAUUGCAGUGGCAAUGGCAACGAAGCCGCAACGGCUGAGCACACCCGAGUUGCAGCUGGCCGUGAGGCAUUUGCCCAGGCGCCGCGCUCUGGACUGCAGCAGCAGCUGAGCGUUGUCGAGGCGGCCAAAAUCGAGCCCUGCUCGUCGGCCGGUGCAUCCCAUGCAGAGGAUCAUAAAUUUCAGUACAUUUUGGCCGCAGCCACCUCAAUUGCAACGAAGAACAAUGAGGAGACAUUGACCUAUCUGAAUCAGGGUCAGAGCUAUGAGAUCAAAUUGAAGAAAAUUGGAGAUUUGUCUUUCUAUCGCGAUAAGAUCUUGAAGAGCGUUAUCAAAAUCUGUUUCCAUGAGCGUCGUUUGCAGUUCAUGGAACGCGAACAGAUGCAGCAAUGGCAGGCAUCGCGUCCAGGUGAUCGCAUUAUCGAGGUGGAUGUACCAUUAUCGUAUGGCCUGUGCCAUGUCUCGCAGCCAUUGAGUGCGAACGCAUUGAACACUGUUGAAAUCUUUUGGGAUCCAUUGAAGGAGGUCGGUGUUUACAUCAAGGUUAAUUGCAUUUCAACCGAAUUUACACCAAAGAAGCACGGUGGUGAAAAGGGUGUACCAUUUCGGCUACAAAUUGAAACCUAUAUAGAAAACACAACAACUGCUAAUUGUAACAACAACAACAACAACAAUAACAGUAACAAUACUAAUAUCAAUAACAACAACAACAACAAUAACAGCAGCUCGAGCAGCAGCAGCUCCAGCAGCAGCAGCAACAGCAGCAGCAACAACAGCACUGGCAAUACAACUAGCAACAACAACAACAACGGAUUGGCCAUUACCUCACCGGCUCAGACGGAUAAUCGUAAUGCAAAUGGCAAGCAGGCAGUGCAUGCAGCUGCCUGUCAGAUAAAGGUCUUCAAGCUGAAGGGCGCCGAUCGCAAGCAUAAGCAGGAUCGCGAGAAGAUCCAGAAGCGUCCGCAGUCCGAGCAGGACAAGUUUCAGCCCAGCUACGAGUGCACCAUCAUGAACGAUAUAUCGUUGGAUUUGAUAACGCCUGCCAUCACAACUGGCGGCUAUAGUCCAGAAUAUAUGAAAUUGUGGCCAAAUUCGCCGGUUCAUAUACCAAAAUAUGAUGGAAUGCUGCCAUUUGCCAGCAGCGCAUCGCCGGCGGCCAGCAGCAGCCCAAUUGCAAUCAAUUCGGUGACAUCCACAAAUUCGCCAACAUUGAAACUAAUGGAUGCCACAAGCAUGGUGUCGCCGCAGCAUGUGCCAGCUGAUAUGGAUGAUUAUAAUCAGAAUAUUAUGCCCGAAUCAACGCCCGCACAAGUCACACAAUGGCUGACACAUCAUCGUCUGACGGCCUACCUCAACACCUUUACCCACUUCUCGGGCGCGGAUAUUAUGCGCAUGUCCAAGGAGGAUCUAAUACAAAUCUGUGGACUCGCCGACGGCAUACGCAUGUUUAAUAUAUUGCGCGCCAAAUCCAUUACGCCUCGUCUGACGCUCUAUGCCAGCAUGGAUGGCUGCAGCUACAAUGCCAUCUACUUGCUCUCUAAUACGGCCAAGGAGCUGCAGCAGAAGAUCUAUAAGCUGCCCGGUUUCUACGAGUUCAUGGCUAAGGGCGGCUCGUCUGGCCUCUUGGAGAAUGGCGGCAAUGUGCCAGCUGCCGCAGCAGCAGCAGCGGCGGCGGCUGCUGCCGCUCUAUACAACAACUGGGGCAUGCAUUCGAAAUAUUCGGGCAGCGGUUCGAACAUCUUCAACGAGGUGAACAAGAGUUGCGUCUACAUAUCGGGGCCAUCGGGCAUACUUGUCAGCGUCAGCGAUGAGGUGCUCAACAAUGAGGUGAAGGACGGCAGUCUCUAUGCCCUGGAUGUGCAGGGCGGCAAGGUUAUAUUGAAGCUGAUCAAUAAGCAGGAUAACAAUUGAACUAAAAUUGUCUAUCGCAGCUUCAGAGCUAGUUGUAGAAAUGCUAUUAUUGCCUGGUACAAACCGAUUAACCAUGAUAAAGAAAAGUAUAGUUAUUUAGCAUUUAAAUCGAGCUAUAUCACACAAUUGUUAUGAAUAAUACACACGCGUAUUACAGUUCUUUUUCACACAAAUAUGAGCAUAUACAUGAUUUCUAAUAAAUCUAUAUGCUCUUAUUUCUAUAUAAGUUUCAAUUUGUAUGAGAUUUCGCGCAGCAAUUUUGAACAAGUAGCCACAUUUUCUUAAAGAGUUUCUGUUCUUAUCCCCUUCAUU